CACCUUACGUCACUACCGCACCUGCGCGGCCAUCUUGGACGUCUCGAAAGCAACGGACACAGAAAGGCAGAAAAAAAAGGGGGCACUGAAACACUCCAGCCUGACCCGACGAAACACGGAUAUGUCCGCUGGAACCGAGGAUUUAUGAAAGCGCAGAGGUCGAAUACAGAGGAGUGAUACCUGGGAAUAGUAACGGACAACGGUACAGCAGAGAUCUAAGUGCCUCGGAAACCCGGACCUUCGAGUAUUAUCUUUUUUUUUUUUUUUCUCCGCCGGAGCCGGAAGGAAGAGUCGAGUCACCGACUGAAAACCACAUCCAGAGCGAAACCAUGAAUCCCGAAUAUGACUAUCUGUUCAAGCUCCUGCUCAUUGGAGACUCUGGAGUAGGGAAGUCCUGUCUUCUGCUGCGCUUUGCAGAUGACACAUACACAGAGAGCUACAUCAGCACCAUCGGAGUGGACUUCAAGAUCCGCACCAUUGAGCUGGAUGGCAAGACCAUCAAACUGCAGAUUUGGGACACUGCAGGUCAGGAGAGGUUUCGUACCAUCACGUCCAGUUACUACCGCGGAGCCCAUGGCAUCAUAGUCGUAUAUGAUGUGACGGAUCAGGAGUCCUACAACAACGUGAAGCAGUGGCUUCAGGAAAUCGACCGCUACGCCAGUGAAAAUGUCAACAAGCUCCUGGUGGGCAACAAGUGUGACCUGACCACCAAGAAAGUGGUGGACUACACAACAGCCAAGGAGUUUGCCGACUCUCUGGCCAUCCCCUUCCUGGAGACAAGCGCUAAGAAUGCCACCAACGUGGAGCAGGCCUUCAUGACCAUGGCCGCAGAGAUCAAGAAGCGCAUGGGCCCCGGGGCCACAGCUGGUAGCGACAAACCCAACCUCAAGAUCGACAGCACUCCCGUCAGGCAGUCUGGUGGGGGCUGCUGUUAAAGGACCCCCUACCAUCACCUCCACCAUCUCCCUCUCUCUUAUCCUUCUUGUGUCGUCCCCCCACCCCCCCCCACCCCAUCACCUCUGCCAUUCCUGCACCCACCGGUCCACCAUGAGACCCUGUAACCCACCUCCCCGCCCUCUGACCCGCCCUCUGUCAGCCUGCCUGGAUAAAGGAGGAACAAAGGACUGAACUGUAAGAGUGUUAAGACCAGAGAACAGAUAGGAAGUUUGUGAGUGUUCAUUCAGUGUGUCAGGGAGGAACACCGACCAGACACCGGGAGACGUCCUCCGUCUGGAAAAAACAGAUAUGGGGGAAGAUUGAUAUUGAUUUUGAGUGGAAUGGAGGCAGUGGAAGAUUUAGUUUAAAUAACACACACACACACACACACACACACUAUAGUGGGGUGGCAGUGGGUAAAGAGAUUUAAGCCUUUUGCUCAAAUACUUUAUUCUAUCUUUGGUGAUCUCAUAUUAUGCGCGCGCGCACGCACACACACACACACACACACACACCACCAACCCCGCCCCCGCCAAAACGUUUAAUUCUUGGAAUGACUGAGCUGCGCACACACACACACACACGUCACACAUUCUCAUGUGCACUCUGCUCCAGUCCUGCUCUGUAACAGUGAAUCGUCAUCGGUGUGAACGGGAUGAGCAGACUGUCGGGUGCAGUCCAUGCUGAGUGACCCUAGACAAACAGUGUAGCAGCUGUACACACAUGAGCUUUGUGCGUGCGUGCGUGCUCAGCUCAUCCUCUGACUGAGCUCAGCCCCUUAGCCUGUAAUUCUGUCUCUCUCUCUGUCAUUUCUGUAUCUUUAUGAAUCAGAUACAUGUUUUUGCUCAAACUGAAAUAGUUUCAACUCUCAAAGUUUCGCCUCAACCUGAAGCAGAUUCUCAUCUAACUGUCGUUACUAAGUGUCUUUUCAUCGACUUGAUAUGCAAUUUACACUUUGAAAUUUGCAUCACGUUCUGUCGAGUUCUCAUCGAUCCCUCCUCGAGGUGUGUACACGUGUUACGUCACAGAACCAGUAGUAUGAGGAGUAAAAACACCCUUGGCAUGUUUGUCACAUUGCAGUGGCUGUAGUUCUCCAGGCUCAGUCACAUCCUCCUCAUUCUUGCAUAAUGAACUCAGUGAUGUCGUGGAACAAAGUAUGAGUAUACUGCAAGACAGAAGCCUGACCAGGGGAAUUCCUUGAACCAACAGUCUGCUGAGGCUCGGCUCAAUCCACAGAUAACAGCUGGUGGAGUGUGAACUUCUCUUUUAGUCUUCAGGCUUCACAAGAAUGAUUCAUGAGACCUGGAGGAAUGACACUAAAUAUUACAGUCAGAGGGUAGAUGGUGUUGGACACAUGACGAGGUCCAAUACAUGUGCUUGUGGUGGUUGUGUGUCUUGAGUUCUUACAAACAGAAGUGAUUGGCAAUAUCCUGCGCUGAUCUUACAAUUAUUGUUUUAUUAUUUUUGUUUUUUUGUUUUUUUUUAAUGUUUCCAUUGAUGCUUCUGGUGGAGACAGUUCUCAUUCAGUACACUCAUUCAGAUAAUGCUCUCAUUCUCGCUUGUUUCGCAGACGAAGCUGAGGUAGAGGUGUGGUGGUGGUGGUGGUGGUGGUGGUGGUGGUGGGGGGCUGUUCCUUCCCUGUUGGUCAAAACGUGAAUCUCUUCCGAUUUAUGUGCCAGGACAUAUUUCUGGUUCCUCACUAGAUGCUUCAGUGCUCAAGUUUGUGUCCCCGUUUUAUUUAACAUUUGAGUCUUUUUACACUGAUUAUUAAAGUCUUCAGAUUCUCCUUCAAAAGAACACGGUUGUAGAAAAUGUUUAUUUUAUUUUUUUUAUACACCUGCAAUUGACUCGCUCAGUGGCAGAAAGGCAAACCUCACAGAUGAGCACCGCCAUGCAGUCUGCGACUCAAGUAGUCUCAAAACCAACGUCCUAUGUCACGUUACAAACAUUCUCACUGUCGCUUCCCGUCUCGAGUCUUGUGACGCAGCGACGAGACAGUGAUCCGCUGAAUACAUUUUAGAAGAAAUAUCCAUAAUCUAGAUAGAGACGUGGACGUGUUUGUGUGUGGUUAAGAGCCGCUAGAGUUUUUAUUCCUUAAAUCCUAUUUGAUUGGUAAAGUUCAUCCUUGACUUCACGUUAAUCUGAAUCUGGACCUGGCGUUGGAGCUUUUUUCUCGUAGUAUGCGUUUAUUUUAAUGAAAAACUGGCUCCUAUCUCUGAAUUCGACUCAAUAAUCAAGGACAAAGCCUCAAAUAUAAAAUAAAAACACAUCCUGGACCAUGACUGUAAGAUGUGGUGGAGAGCCCUGGAAGAGGUUUUUUGUCAAACUGUAAAAAGCUACAAUUUUAUUCCGAAACUAAUAAAAAAAAAAAAAAGAACGGUCAAGAUUUGGAGUCUAACUGAGAUGCCACCUUUCAGUGACUUUCUAAACUAUCACAUCAGAGCGACAGUCUGGAGCUGCCAACGGUUGGCAUGGUAACGCUGAAAUCAGAGACGUGCGCAGAGCUGUGAGCGGCUCCCUGCCUCGUCGGCUCUGUGGCGUUCCGGGGAAACUGGGAGGAAUGUGAGGAAAGAGGGCCUCUGCACUCCAGUGACUCCACCGGCUUCUGUACAGGAAACCUCAUCCGACUGCGAAACAAGGUGGCGUUCAUGGAGAAUGAUAAUGAACAAACUGUACUAGAAGAACUCCUCUUUUUUAGUUCUUGGUGGUCUGUGGUGUGGUUGUACGUAGCAAGGGAUAUGUACAUUCUGUUCCGGGGGGCCAUAGUUGCCGCAAUCCACAGAUACUGUGAUCAUUAAUGUUCGAGAGGUUUCAGGGACUGACUGGUCUUGGUUCGCUGACCGGAUAUGAACUCCCUACUCUCCUCCUCCAGCCGGCCGCCAUGUCACCGCACGCUGGAUGAGUUCCUCCAGCUCCUCUGGAUGGGAUCCUCCAGCCAGAUGAGAUAAAUCCCCCGGGGCUUUGGUCACAGUGCAACUCCCCCAGGAAUUCUGGUGACGUGUGCUGAAUGCAGCACUUUUCAAAAGGGAUGCCAUGUCAUCAGGGAACCACAGCCUCGCAUCACCGAUCCGACCUCCUCAGUCACGCGUGCAUCACUUUUCAGACGAGUCGAGUGUGUGUCGUCGAUACGUGUUUUUAAAACUGGAAAACUGUAGUUUGCUGUACAGGCAUCUCACAUUAAGGGGGAGGGGAGGCAGCAGUGUGUGUGUGUGUGUGUCUGUGUGUAAACAGGGUAGGGUCGUGUGUAAGAUUCCCCAGCUGUUUGGACACACGUUGGUAUCCAGGCAUUGCGCCAGUCUCACUUGGGUAGAUGCAGAACAAGCAAUCGAUAGAAAUGAACUCUCAAGUCUCUCUCACACAUACUGAGAAUCUUUGCUGCAUUUUCCUUUCUUUCCUUUUUCCUUCUCUUUUUUUCUUUUCAACAAGUCUUGAUAUUCUACUGAUUUUUUAAUGUAUUCAUUGGACACUAUACUCUGUUGUAUGUGGGGACACUGGGGUGGGGGGGGGGGUCUGCUGUGGGUGGGGUUGAACAGAUGUAGGGUGAGGCUUUUGCUUAUGAAUGUGAUUCUGAUGAAACAAUGCUUGACUCUUUUUAUUCUUCAGUUCUCUUUUUUUUGUAUUCAUUUUGGGUUUGUUUUGUCAUUUGCACACUUGAUUGAUGCUGUUCAAUGGCUUAUUAAUAAAAGGCUCUCACUAGGUGUUUGUUAAUAAAAGGCACUGGGCAGGAGCUCGCCCGUCACUCA